UAACGAACAUUUUUCCCCUGUAUUGAAUAAGAUAUAAAUUAUGCAAUGUCAUGUAUAUUGCGCAAUAAAAUGUUUGUAUAGAUAGCCUAGUCUCUUGAAACUAUAUAAUUACCCUGUCAGAACGAGUUUUAUCAGUAUUUAACAAAGUUUUGUUUAAAUUUGAGGCAAUCAUGGGUCUAUUAACUGAAGGCACUCCACUAACGUGGGAAGAAACCAAGAACCUGGCCCAACAUGUGAGAGAGCAUGGCAUUAUCCAGUUUAUAAAUAUUUAUCGGAAACUGAAAGAGAGAAAGGGUGAUGUGUUGAAAUGGGGCGAUGAAAUUGAAUAUGUUAUAGUGAAAUUUAAAGACGAAACAAAAGAGGCUAAGGUAAGCCUUCGAGCCGAAGAUCUACUUAGUAUUCUGAAUAAAAAAGAACAAGAUGAUCCCGAUGGUGUUAAGUCUUUAUGGAGACCUGAAUUUGCAGCCUACAUGAUUGAGGGAACGCCUGGCAAACCCUAUGGGGGUACACUUGCUCAUUUUAAUGUGGUCGAGUCGAAUAUGAAAAUGAGGCGAAAAGAAGCUUCAGAACUUUUAAAGCCUGACGAGAGUAUUAUGUCAAUCACAAACUUUCCAAGGUUAGGCUGCCCCAAUUUUACAGACCCACCAACAAAACCAUCUCCAGAGGGAGAUGGCUCCAAAUCUUUAUUUUUCCCUGAUGAAGCAGUGUUCUCGGGACAUCCAAGGUUUAUGAAUUUAGUAAGGAAUAUUAGGAAGAGGAGAGGAGAACAAGUUGCUAUUAAUUUGCCAAUUUUUAGGGACAAGAAUACAAAAAUUCCUGUGGAUGACUCGCAUAAAAUUCGUAAAGCGGCAAAACCCGAUUGUGUCUAUUUAGACGCUAUGGGAUUUGGAAUGGGUUGCUGUUGUCUUCAAUUAACAUUCCAAGCCUGUAACAUUGAAGAGGCCAGGGUUUUAUAUGAUCAACUUACCCCCUUGAGCCCCAUAAUGCUGGCCUUUACAGCUGCAUCUCCGGCGUACAGGGGAUUUUUAACUGACGUCGAUUGCCGUUGGAACGUCAUUUCCGGCUCUGUUGACUGUAGAACGGAGGAAGAGCGCGGCUUAAAACCCCUUAAAGAAAACAAAUUUGUUAUUAAAAAGUCCAGAUACGACUCGAUAGAUUCGUAUUUGUCGGCGCAAGGUGAAAAGUAUAACGACAUAGAGAUUUUAUAUAAUGAGGAAGAUUAUAGAAAAUUAAGAGAUAAUGGAAUCGACCAUUUGCUGGCUCAGCAUAUUGCCCAUUUGUUUAUCAGGGAUACUGUGUCCUUGUUUUCCGAGAAGAUCAAUCAGAAUGAUGAAGAGGACACUGACCAUUUUGAGAAUAUUCAGUCAACCAAUUGGCAGACGAUGCGUUUCAAACCGCCACCGCCCCAUUCCACUAUUGGCUGGAGGGUCGAAUUUAGAGCCUGUGAGGCCCAGGUUACUGAUUUUGAAAAUGCCGCAAUAGUUUGUUUCAUUGUAUUGGUGACCAGAGUUAUUUUGUCCUAUCAGUUAAACUUUUUAAUACCCAUUAGUAAGGUGGAUGAAAAUCUGCAAAACGCCCAAAAACGUAACGCAUGCAAAGAACAAAAAUUCUGGUUCCGAAAAGACAUAACGACGGACGUGAGUCCGCCAGAAGCAAAUCGAUGUUGCGCCGGCGCUAGUUGUGAACCCAAAGAUUGUGAUUUGGUGGGACUUAUGACCGUAAAUGAAGUUAUUAAUGGAAAGCCUGGUGUUUUUCCCGGUUUAAUUCCUCUGGUAAACAGUUACUUAAACGGUAUGGACGUAGAUGCGGACACCCACUGUACCAUACAGCAAUAUUUGAAGUUUAUUCAGAAGAGGGCCUCUGGCGAAAUCUUAACUGCUGCAUCGUUUAUCAGGAAAUUUGUUACUGAACAUCCCGACUAUAAACAUGAUUCAGUGGUCUCGGAUAUUAUCAAUUAUGACCUUCUUAAGCGUUUGAAAGAUAUCGAAGAAGGUACCAAGCCUUGCCCCGAAUUGCUAGGGGGAACCACCAUGUCCAAGACAAAAGAAAAUAUACCUCAUGCCUUGAAAAACGAUUAUUAAAAACCAAUUUUUUUAAGCCACCCUAAAGAUUGUAAUGCAUUUAAAAAUGUAAUUGUAUUUUAAUGUUGAUAUUUAAUGUUAUUUUUUUGGUUAUUUUGUUAUUUGUAGAAAAAUAAAUAAAAGAGUUUUAAGAAGAGA